UUCCGUUUAUACUCUCUUCAAUGAAAAUAACAAUUCUUUUGUUAUUGCUGUUAAAAUAAUGUGUAUUACACAUAAUUGUAGAAUAAGAAGUCUCUUCCAACUAAGCUUCCAAUUAGCUUCACAAAACUCCAUCGCAAUUAAAUGUUGCUUUAUUUCCGUUGCAAAUUUGAUAUGACAUUGCUUUAUUACGCUUAACAACACUGUUUGUAUUCCUUUCGUUUGAUAAAAUGCAAGUGGGUGAGUGAGGGUGUGUGUGUGUGUACAUGUGCAUAAACAAACAUUUGGCUGUCAUCCACUUGUUAUCUUUGGCUUGUAUUUCAUCAUGAAAUUGCAAUGGAUUGUUAUUGCAAUGGGAAUAUUUUAUUAAAUAAUGCAGAAAUAUACCGAAAAAGUUCACAGUGAAAGGGAAGAAGAGCCGGAAAUUGUUUGGGUUAAAAGAACCGCUGGCGGUGAAAACAAGGAAACGGAAGAAACCACAGACAACAGCGAAAACAAACCAAAACUGCCCAUUGUCUAUAGUAAAAAUUAUGGAGUAAAUUUUGCUAAAUUGGAGAAAUUACAUCCAUUCGAUGCCCAAAAGGGAAAGAAUAUACAAGAGCUACUUGUAAAAUAUCAAUUGGUACAGGGUAAAUUUUAUGAGCCAACCGAAAUAAGCAAAGAUGAGCUGUUAAAGGUCCACAAGGAAAAAUAUUUACGUAGUCUAAAAUGGAGCUUCAAUGUGGCACAAAUUGCCGAGAUACCUGUCCUAGUGUUUGUGCCGAAUUGUUUGGUUCAAUGUGGCUAUUUGCGGCCAAUGCGUUUUCAAACCGCCGGCUCCAUUAUGGCUGGCAAAUUGGCCUUGGAAUAUGGAUGGGCCAUUAAUCUUGGUGGUGGUUUCCAUCAUUGUUGUUCCUAUAAGGGUGGUGGUUUUUGUCCCUAUGCCGAUAUAACACUUUUGAUCCAACGCAUCUUUGCCGAAGAAAGUCAGGUGUCCAAUGUCAUGAUUGUCGAUUUGGAUGCCCAUCAAGGAAAUGGUCACGAACGGGAUUUUAUGGAUAAUCCAUUUGUUUAUAUUUUUGAUAUGUACAAUUUUUGCAUUUAUCCCAAGGAUCAUGAGGCAAAGCUGGCCAUACGUUACGCAGUAGAGUUGAGACCGAAAACAGCUAAUAAGGAAUAUUUGAUAAAAUUAAAAAGAGGUUUAAAAUUUGCAAUGAGGGAAUUUAAGCCCCACCUGGUGGUUUAUAAUGCUGGCACGGAUAUUCUGGAGGGCGAUCCAUUAGGUUGUCUGUCAAUAACACCAGAGGGUAUCAUAGAACGUGAUCAGUAUGUUUUUGGUACGUUUCGUGCCCGUGGCAUUCCAAUUGUAAUGCUUUUAAGCGGUGGCUAUUUGAAAGCAUCGGCUAAGGUUAUAGCCGAUUCAAUAAUGAAUUUAAAACAAAAAGGAUUGCUAUUGACAAUUCGUUAAUUAACGACUAUCGAAUGGAAUUUGUUGGGUGAUAUGGAAAAAAUUGUUACCUUAGCAUGUUUUAGGAAAACCAUGGAGUAAUUGUUAAGUCUGAGCUGGAAUUGUAAAAAACCAACACAUAAAAUUAUUUUAUAUUCUAUGAAUCUCAUUAGAGAUGGCAUGAAGUCUUCUAUUGAAAUAUAUUUAAAACUAUCUCA